CUAGUGUAUAUUAUAAAAUGGAAAAUGGAAACUUGGCUGAACUUGAACGCUUGAUCAUGUUUGGCAUUCAUGGGCUUAUCACGAUGCCCGGCUGGCGUUUUACGUGAUUGUUGAUAGUUGUCGUCGUUGCCGGAAUCUGCAAUAACAGUUUCGCCUGGGAUCGAGUGGGGAGAACAAAUUAGUCAGCUCCGCUGAUCCAUCGCUUGCAGCGGAGCAGCAAUGCGAUGCGAUUCGAUCCGGCGAUAGUGAGAUAACCCGGCCGGAGGUCGCUGCAUUACGGUUGGCAUAUUUAUAGUUGCGAACUAUGGCUAUUAGGCCGCAGACGUCUAUGGUUUGACGUGAUUAAACUGACGCAGGAGCUGCACACAAUAGCUUCGUGAUGCAAGCAAAAAUAAAACCGUUUUUAACGGUCGAUAGAGAGGCAAGGCUGCCAGACUGAUCAAAUAACUAUAUAGAUCGAUAGUUAAAGAUCGAUAGGUGUCAGCUCUAACGCCCAGUAUGACCGUAUGCUCCCGCAUUUGUUUAUCAUUUGUUUAUAGGCCACCAUGGAUCCUUCAAUUAUUGAGUUCAUUGGCGAAAAGUGCAUGAUCAGCAUAAUACCCAACUUCUCCAACGAGCCCCUGCAUCUUAUAUACGGAUCCGUGGGUCCCUUUCGGGCCGGCUUUCCCGUCUUUGUGCCCCUGUGGAUGGCGACGCAUCUGCGCAAGCAACAAAAGUGCCGAAUUGUGCCGCCGGAAUGGAUGGACAUGGAUAUAUUGGAGGAAAUCAAGGAGGAGGAGAAGCGAUCUAAAUUCUUCACCAAGAUGCCCUGCGAGCAUUACAUGGUCGUGGCCCAGUUGGUCAUGAGCACGGCGCCGGAUGAUGUUCCCCGUUGCGAGGAGCUGCGCACUGUGAUCAAGGACAUCUUCGACAUACGCGAGUCCAAGCUGCGCACCUCGAUCGAUGCCUUUAUCAAGGGAGAGGGCACCUACGCGAAGCUGGACAAUCUAACUCUCCUGGAGAUCCACAGCGUGCGGCCCAUCCUGCCCUAUUCCCUGGAUCACAUAGCCCGAUACCAGCGCACGGCCACCGCCUCCCAGAGGGACACCUCCAUGCUGAGUGCCUCCAUGGCGGGAUCCAGUUCGGGACCCAAUAGUAACUCUCUGUUUUCCCAGUGAUCUUGGUUCGAGUAAAUAGAGAUAUAUUUAAGCAA